GUCUUGACGGUUAACUGUUAAAAUAAGUGCAUCUUUAGAUUAAAAAACCAUUUCAGGCCCAACCCAAGCCCAAGCCCAAGCCCAAGCCCAGACCCAAUCAAACCAUUCCAUAAACCCAAUGGCGACAACGAAGCUCUGAUGAUACCUUUUUCUUUCUUAGCCCUUCUCUCGAUUCAAGUUUGAUUCAAAAUUAUUGUCACUUCCAGAAAUACUUAAGCAGUUCUUCAAGGCGCUUCUGAUUCCUGUUCUUGGUCGAGCCUCCACUGAACUACACUUGGAAAAAGACUCAUCUCCUACCAAUCCAGAGAUCGCUUUCUAGGGGUCAGUGAAAGUUUCUUAAUUUUUGUUAAGAUAUGGACAGAAUCAGUGGGUUACCUGAUGAAGUACUGGUUAAGAUAUUGUCGUAUGUUCCAACUAAGGUUGCUGUAUCAACUAGCAUAUUGUCGAAACGCUGGGAGUUUCUUUGGAUGUGGUUGACAAAACUUGAGUUUGGUGAUAGUAGACGUUAUUCAGAAUCUGAAUUCAAGAGUUUACAGUGUUUUCUUAAUAGGAAUCUGCCAUUGCAUAGAGCUCCAGUUUUAGAAAGCUUCGGUCUUGAUUUAGGCGGUAAAUAUUUGAAACCUGAAGAUAUUAGAAUGUGGGCUGUAGUAGCAGUUUCUCACUACAUACGUGAGCUGAAGAUUUCUGUUUCUCAUUAUUCUGAUAAGCUAAACAUAUUGCCUAGUAGCUUGUAUACCUGCAAGUCGCUAGUGGUCUUGAAACUCAAUGGCGGAAUUCUCUUGGAUGUUCCUCGAAUGGUUUGUCUUCCCUCUCUAAGAACUUUGGAACUUAGAAAAUUGAUUUACGCUAAAGAAGGAUCUCUUCAGCGGCUUCUAUCUAAUUGCCCUGUUCUUGAAUAUCUACAAGUGGCGUUAUGUCAACUUGACAAUAUGGGAACGUUUACUGUUAUUGUCCCAUCUUUGCAACGUUUAUCACUCUUUAUCCCUUCUAUUUUUCAUUUAGAUGAGGUUGUUAUAAAUGCUUCGUCUUUAGAGCAAUUUGUACUUGUAGAUCGUAAUUAUGAUAGUCACCCAUGGUUGAUUGAGAAUACGCCUAAGCUGAGACGAGCAUAUAUCAAAGUUGAGUCCACUGAUCUUAAGAGUCUUAUCGGAUCAAUCACUUCUGUCAAGUAUCUAACAAUAUCCACAGCGGCUAUGUUUGGUGAAGGUUUUAUCUUUAACCACCUUGAGGAUCUGACGCUACUAUAUGCACCUGAAGAGGAUCUGUCGAAUCUCCUUGUCCGGUUCCUCAAUGGCUCUCCUAACUUACAAGGACUAAAGUGUGUAUCGGAAAUGAAUUUAAGACUUAAUGAUGAGAAUCAUGGUAUGUUUUCCUGGAAUGAACCAAGUACUGUUCCCGAAUGCUUGUUGUCGAGUCUACAAAAGUUCACGUGGUCAGACUACUUAGGAAGACCGCAAGACAGAGAUAUUGCGGUUUACAUCUUGAAAAACGCUCGUCGCUUAAGGACUGCAAAAUUUGUGGCUGAUACACGUUUGGUACCACAACUCGAGAUGAUAACGGAGUCGACACGUUCAUCCCGAGCAUCAUCAACAUGCGAGCUCCACUUUUGUUGAAGCCUUGGGUUCUAAGUUGUUUCAUUUAUAAUUUUAUAUAACAGGAUUCUAAUUUCCAUCUAAACCUGUCUGUUUGUCCAACAAAGAUCUUAGGUUCCAUCUAUGUUACGUUUCUAAGAUUGUUUUGUCAUGCUAAAAGUGGAUCUUAGGUUCUAUAUUAACCAAUGGUUACUUA